UCAGCCAUUUUUAUUUAGUGUCUGCCUUUCAUCCGGUACACGCGGUAUACUUAUACUGUCAGAAAAUUGAUAAAUUCUGAUUUUAUAGUGCAUUUUUUGGGCUUCCUAGUGUUGUUAAUGCAAAAACAGUGAUUCCACUAUUUUGACGCAAUGGCAAGAUAUGGGCAAAGACCCGAAAACGCCCUGAAAAGGGCAAAUGAAUUCAUCGAAGUCGGUAAACCGGCAAGAGCUUUAGACACUCUUCAAGAAGUCUUCCGGAAUAAAAAAUGGACAUACAGCUGGUCCGAAUCGGUUCUCGAACCGAUUAUGUUCAAAUAUCUGGAUCUUUGUGUGGAAUUGAAAAAAUCCCAUAUUGCCAAGGAGGGUCUGUUUCAAUAUCGGAACAUGUUUCAAUCUGUAAAUGUUGGAAGUUUAGAAAAUGUAAUUCGUGGUUAUCUCCGUAUGGCUGAGGAAAAAACUGAUGCGGCACGAAAGCAAAGUCAACAAGCCGUUAUAGAUAUUGACGACCUUGAUAAUCUCGCAACACCCGAAAGUAUAUUACUCUCAGCAGUGAGUGGCGAAGACGCGCAGGAUCGAAGUGAUCGCACCAUUUUAACACCAUGGGUGAAAUUUCUCUGGGAAUCCUACUGCCAAUGUUUAGAAUUAUUAAGAACAAAUGCUCACGUCGAGACGCUCUAUCACGAUAUUGCGCGCAUGGCUUUUCAAUUCUGUCUCGAGUAUAAUCGUAAGACUGAAUUCCGUAAACUCUGCGAGAAAUUGCGCAAACAUUUGGAGGAUAUUUGCAAACUCCCCCAACUUGUGUCAAAUGUGUCAAUAAAUAAGGCUGAAACACAACAACUUAAUCUCGAGACACGUUUAAAUCAACUCGAUUCGGCAAUUCAAAUGGAACUUUGGCAGGAAGCCUACAAGGCAAUUGAAGAUAUUCACGGUCUUAUGAAUCUCUCAAAGAAAAUGCCAGUCCCAAAGACAAUGGCGAAUUAUUACCAAAAACUUGCCAUGGUCUUUUGGAAAGCUGGCAAUUAUUUAUUCCACGCUGCGGCUUUAUUGAAACUUUUACAAUUGUCACGCGACAUGAAGAAGAAUAUGUCCUCAGAGGAACAACAACGUCUUGCUAAUCGUGUUUUACUUGCCGCUCUAUCGAUUCCUUUGCCUUCUGCUCAUCCCGAAUUUGAUCGCUUCAUCGAGACUGACAAGAGUCCACAAGAGAAAGCUCAGAAACUUGCAGUUCUCCUGGGUCUCAAUCAACCACCCACGCGUGUCUCUCUUUUGAAAGAUAUCGUUCGUCUAAAUGUCAUCAAUCUUGUUUCCCCACAAUUGCAAAACUUACACUCUUGGUUGGAAGUUGAAUUUCAUCCCCUCGAGCUCUGCGGUCGUGUUGACUCAGUCAUUCAAACUCUACAGGCCGAUGAGACCAAUCCCUUGGCUCAAUAUGUUCCCGCACUUCAAGACGUCACACUCGUUCGUCUCGUUCAUCAAGUCUCGCAAGUUUAUCAAACAAUUCAACUUUCUCGUUUAUUGGAACUCGCCAAAUUCACCACCGACUUUCAUUUGGAACGCCUUCUUGUCGAUUGUGUUCGCUACAAUGACAUGCAAAUUAGAAUCGAUCAUCGAAUGACUUCCAUUCACUUUGGCGUUGAUUUGUCCGAGGCUCAAAGGGAGGAUCAUCCAGAUGGUCCAAUUUUGCAGGCAAUGCCGUCUGAACAAAUUCGCUGCCAAUUGGUUAACAUGGCCAAGGUGCUGCAUCGUUCCAUCAAUGUUAUCAAUCCCAAUAAAAAGAAACAAGAGCGUGAGAAGUUGCGCAACGCAAUGGUGAAUUAUUACCACGAAACCAAAAACGACGAGCAUAAGAUAAUUUUGGGAAGACAUAAAAUUAUCGAAGAGCGUAAAGAAUAUAUUGAACAUAUUAAUACAGUACGUGAGGAAGAGGAAUUAAGACGACAGGAGGAGGCACAACGAGCAUUAAUGCUUGCUGAGCAAAAACGUCUCGAGCAAGAGCGCGAGGAGAGGGAACGUAAACGACAUCAAAGUGAAAUUCAACAAAUAAAGGAUCGCCAUCUUAAGGAGAAAAUGCAACAGAUUUCACAAACAAGUCACGGUCAGAAGGUCCUCAAAAAGCUUGAUGAAGAUGAAAUAAAGAAAUUAGACGCCGAACAAAUUGCAGCUCGCGAAGCCGAGGAAUUACAAAAGGAGCGUAGGGAAAUGCAACAAAAAUUAAAAUCACAAGAGAAGAAGGUCGAUUAUUUGGAGCGUGCCAAACGAAUUGAGGAAAUUCCCCUUCUAAAGAAGGCCAUGGAAGAUAAAUUGGAAUUGGCGAAACAAAGAUGGGAACAACAAGAGCAAGAGAGAAUUCAAAUUGCCAUUGAGGAACGUCAACAAGCUGUCGCUACGAAAGAACGUAUGGCAAGAAUGAAAGAAGAUCAUGAUAUAUUCUUGGAGAAGAUUCUCGCCGAACGAAGCAGUAUUUAUCAUGAGAAAUUACGUGAAUUUGAAAAGAAAUUAAAUGAAGCUCGCGCUAGAAAAUUAUUGGAACGUAAGGUUCAAAGGAAGGCAGAGAGAAAAGCUCAAUGGGAGAAGGAACGCGAAGAGGCUGCGGAACGUAAACGACAAGAGGAAUUAAGAAUCAGAGAGGAGGAAGAGAGAAAACGAUUGGAGGAGGAACGAGCACAGAGAGAGGAAGAGGAAAGAAAACAACGUGAAGAGAAAGAAGCCAUUGAAGCCGAAAGAUUGGCGAAAUUGAAUCAAAUUGCAGAAAUCGCCAAAGCUAAGAACGAGGAGAUUGAGCGAAAACUAGAGGAGCAAAAACAAAAGGAAAGAGAGAGUAUGAGAGAAAAACCAGAAGUUUGGAGAAGUAGUGGCAGUAGAUUCGAAAGAAGUGAUCGUGACAGAAGCGAUCGUGACAGAACCGAUCGCGAGAGAAGUGAUCGCGACAGAAGCGAUCGUGAUAGAAUUGAUCGCGACAGAAGUGAUCGCGACAGAAGCGAUCGUGACAGAAAUGACAAACAAGAAAGAAGUGACACCAGAUCAAUGGAAUCCUGGCGAUCGGCAUCUUCAGCUCCAAAAGAUAAUGAUGAUAAUGGACCUAGGCGGGAAAAUCGAGAUGACGAUGACAGAAGGGAUAAUUCUUCGCGUGAUGAUGGCGAGAAACGCUUCCAAAAGAGAGACUUAAGCAAAUUGUCUAGCGGCGGUUCAUGGCGCGAUAAUCGUCCAUCAAAUCGUGAAAUGCCACCACGUGGAAGAAUGGAUGAUCGUGAAGAACGUCCAAGAAAUGUGGAUCGUGACAAUAGAGAUGAACGUCCACGAAAUGAUCGUCGUAAUUUUGAAGAAUCAUCGCGAAGCGGUGGCGGCGGUGGCGGUGGCGGAAGUUGGAGAUCCGCGAAAGACAAUACAAGAGACUCGAAGCGAGAUGACCGUCAAGACGAUUUUGACAAUGCAGAUGAAAAACAACAAGGUCGCGACGAAAGAAAGGAAAACCGAGCACCCGAGGAUGAUGACGGUUGGUCAACAGUUCUUCGUCGUUAAAAUAAAAUCUGCAUACGAAUUAUUCAAAAGUUGAUUAUUAUUGUUUUACGUGGAAGAAUGAAUGAAUGAACGAACAGAGGAGUACUUUGAAAUUUUCGAUACAUUUGGUAUGUUCUAAUAAUUUUUAUUUCCUUUAUUUACACUUUUAGAAAAUUUUG